AUGACCAACAAAAACAAGUUUGUUUACUCCUUUAUGCCAACAGGCAUGGUCCAGACAAAUUGCACCAUAAUCGGAAAUUUGGAACUGAAGACGUACAUUCUGUGCGACGUUGGGGGCGACGCCGAGAAGGUUGUCGAAAAGGCGAAGAAGAUGGGAUUAACAAAGUGUGUUGGCGUCUUUUUCACACAUGGACACUUUGACCACGUUGUUGGAUCAACAGAGAUUAAACGUAUCACAGAAGCACCACUCAUCAUCAACGAGAAGGACGUGGAAAUGUACUACGACAUGAAAAAGCAACAGAACUUCUUUGGGAUCAAGAUAGAGAAAGUUGCUACAAUCGACAGAACAGUCAAAGACAGAAAUGUUAUAGAUGGAAUUGGAACGUGUGCUCUGGUGAUACACACACCAGGACACUCACCGGGUUCAUCAUGUCUCUAUUUUGAAGAACUAGACUUACUAAUCGCAGGCGAUACACUUUUCAGAGAGAGUUAUGGCAAGACGGAAAUGUGGGGAUACGACUUCGCCAAACUUAAGAACUCGAUCACUGAGAUUUUGUUCAAACUCCCAGGUAAGACUACCGUAGUUACGGGUCACGGAAGUUCGACAACAAUAGCCUUCGAGAAGGUGUCCAACUCCAUCAUGUUCUGA